AUGUGCAUCAUCAACGAGGACAUCGUCGAGCACAUUCUGGACAGCCAUCCUCACUUGUGGUCACGCGACUUCUGCCGUCUCGCCCUCGUCUCCUCGCAUUUCCUCCAUCCAGCUCGAAAACGCCUCUAUGCCCACCCUAUGCUCCUGACGUAUCAUGCUUGCCACAGUCUUGCUCGUACUCUCGAGGAAAAUCCAGACCUUGUCCCGCUCGUCAAUGAAUUGGAUUUAUUUCCUAUAUAUUGGGAUCCGCGGACUUGCGAUGUCGAGGAGGGGGUAAAUGAUUAUGGAAUUUACCCCGCUGUCCCGCGUCUCCUUGCACUAACACGCCUUGAAAGAAUUUCAUUCGGUGGAGACCUCGCUUAUAACGCGGAACGGUACUUACGGGCUAUUGCAUUUCCUAAUACGGUCAAGUCACUCUGUAUACAAGGCCCUGAUCCAUACGAGUCAGACGGCGUUGGAUGCGCACCCUUGAAUUGGGAUAUUGAGCUCUCCAUGCGCUUCCACGCGCUAGAGAGCCUUUCACUGACGGGUAGUUUGGAACUUGAUAUUGACGAUAGUCACAAUGAUCCAGACCUGCUCUCCGAAUCGGAUGGUGUAGAUACCUUGCCGCCGGGAUGCAAACUCAAGGAAUUCUACCUCCGAGAAGUUUACAUUGAGGGCGCAAUCUGUUCACUCCUCUGCUCACCCACUUCGUGGUCCCAUGUCCGCUCGCUCACAUUUUCGACUCACGUCUGUACACAAUCUGGAGUUCAAGCCUUCGCCGAUUUGCUUCGGCUCGUUGGUGAUUCUUUGGAGCGGCUCGUUGUCCAUUGCCCGAACGACAACGAAAAAUGCGACCUUCCAGUCGAGGAUCCUUCCGUACACAUGCAGAACACUCCAACUUUACGUCGUUUAGUCUCCCUCACGGCAUCACACCAACUCAUACAAGGAACGCUCUAUCCAAUCUUCUCGAACACUGAGACUCUCACUAUUCUCGGAAAUUUUCUUGGUGUUUCACGAAUGUCGCAAUGGACAGAGUAUAUCAAAACAUGCGGCUUUCCGAAGCUGAAGAAGCUGGAUGUACGAGGCGAGGAGACACGCCGCGAUCUCCGCUCUCGAUGCUGCAUGCAAGGAACGCGGGAUUGA